AUGGGCAAGAAGAGCACCAAGGCCGCCGCGGCCAAGGACGAUGUCGCAUCUACACCUCCGCCAGGUCAACUUAUGGACCUGGUAGAGAACUUCCUUUCUGAUCACUCUUUCAAAGGUGCUGCCGAUGCUUUCAAGAAGCAGCGGGAGAAGAAGGGCUGGCAAGCGACGGCCACUGCCGACGAGCAAAGCAACCCUUCCCUAGUCAGUGUUUACCAGACUUGGGAGGCUACCAAGGGGGACGAUAGCAGCCAGGCUGGCAAGAAGAAGACUUCCAAGAAAAGCUCCGCAGGAAGUAAGGUAGAGGAUGUGGAUAUGAAGGAUGCUGAGUCGUCCUCGGACAGCUCAAGCAGCUCCGACAGCGAGAGCGAGGAUGAGGUCGCCAAGCCCGAGGCUUCAAACAAUCUCAAGCGCAAAGCCCCCGUCGACGACAGCUCCUCUGAUUCAUCCUCGGACUCUGGCUCUGACUCUGACUCGAGUUCGUCCGAUUCCGACUCCGACUCUGGCAAACCGCAGGCCAAGAAGCGAAAGCGCGCCGCUUCCUCAAGCUCCGAUUCAGACUCCUCCGACUCUAGCGACAGUGACUCUAGCAGCGACUCCGACGAUGAGAGUGCCGAAUCAGACUCCGAUUCUGACAGCUCCGACUCCAGCUCUGAUUCAAGCUCUGAUUCCGACUCUGAUUCCGAUUCUGACUCUAGCGACUCUGAUGGCAAGGCUGCUGCCAAGGUGCCACUCCCCGACUCUGACGGUUCAUCAUCCGACUCAGACUCGGACUCUUCGGACUCGGACUCGGAUUCAGAUGACAAGAAGAAGGUCAAGAAGGAGAAGGAGGCUAAAGAUUCUUCCGAUUCUUCUGUCACGCUAGACAAGACAUCACCCGAGGUUCAGGCAAACUCAGCUUAUCCUCCUCUGCCUCCGGACCCUGCUCUCGAUGUCAAGGGACGCAAGAAGCAGAACGAGCCUUUCUCUCGCAUUCCCAAGGACAUCAAGGUUGACCCCAAGUUUGCCUCUAAUGAAUACGUGUCUAUCUCCUACUCUCAACGGGCGCACGAGGAUCUGAUUGUCACCAAGGGCAAGGGCUUCACCAAGGAGAAGAACAAGAAGAAGAGAGGCAGCUACCGAGGUGGUGCUAUCGAUAUCUCGGACAAGAAGGGCAUCUAUUUCGAUGACUAA